GUGAUCUUUAAGAGCGGCUCUGGGAAGCAAAUACAAAAUGAGCAGCGGAGGACAGUGCAGAAGACGCAGAGGGCUCUCGGUCUGAGCCACGAGGAUUUGAAGAUGUCUGCGUGCAGUGACUUUGUGGAACACGUUUGGAAGCCUGGCUCCUGCAAAAACUGCUUCAGCCCAAAGAGUUCCCAUCAGCUGCAAACACCCCCAGACGUGGGAGCUUGUGGCGUGCUCCCGAAUGGAUUUAGGACCAAGCCUGAGAGCCCUGCGUUGGAAGACGAAGGUGUAAAUACCUCCCCCUUCUCAAAGCCGACAAUUGCUGUGAAGCCAACUAUGAUAAACUCAGAUGUUUCUGACGCGUGGGCGGAUGUGAAUAUGAAUGCAGAUCUGUCACAGGUCAGCUGGGGCAUGGUUUCUGGCAAACACCUCCUUCUGAAAUCAGGAGAUGCGCAGCGGAUCUGCCUUGACAAUUUUGGCAACGGUGGUGUGAGAAAGCCCUUCCUUCACAACCCGCCGAGUGACUGCUUGUCUUGCUGUCCUCCUAGCUACUCCAUGGUGGGCCUGCGCAGCCUGGAGAGUCGAGUAGAGAGAAACGUCUCCAUCCACAGCCUGGUGCUUGUGGGUGAGGUGGGCAAGCAGGAAGACAAAGCCAAAGACAAGUUUGCCCUGCCUCAUCGGGCCCUCUGCCCUAAUCCUUCUGUCUUGGGGGACAGAAGCACCACGAACUCCAGCAGAAACCCUUCUUUCCAAGCCAGAGAAGGAGCAGCGCUCCCCCCGGAGGGUGACUGCGGUCGCCUCUCCUCUGGCUUCGAAAGCGAAGGGGGCGAGUACUGUUCAAUCACAGACUGCCACAGAGAGUGCCCGGUCUCGCGGGAGCCCCGUUGCGUGGAGGGGAAGGGUGGCCGGUGCGAGAAAGAGAGCCCCACUCCCUGUGGAUGGAGGCAGUGGGAUGCUCCUGAGACUCCCAGGCCAAGUGGCAGGGCGGUCAAGUUUGGCGAAGAGGAGCACAGAGCUGUGAACGUGGCCUUCUGCAUCACGAAAGACCAGGGUGAUCCUCUCCCCUAUGCCCUGUGUUCAGACAGGAAAAAGCUGGCUCUCCACGCCGAGCAUGCCGCCCUCCCAGAGAGCAUGGGGAGCAGCAAGGCGGCUGCCUUCGCUUUGUCCCGGGAGGAGGAGGAGGACUCGCCUCUCCCUGUAGAGCCCUCUGUCACCGGAGGCCCCCGGCCCGAGGGUUCAAGCCCUCCUCAGCAGGCUCUGGUGGAGCCGCAGCGCCCUCGCCUUGCCGAGCCAGCCCGCGGCGAUCCCAUCUACGCCGAGAGCACCAAGAGGAAGAAGGCGCAGCUGAAGGCUGUCGGCGGACAGGCAAAAGCAGAGAAGCUGGCCCGUGGCGCUGGCAAGGAGCAAGCUGAUGGGACGUGGAGGGAUGGUGGCUGGGCUUUGGGUGCUGAGAAGGAAUACCAGGACUCCACCAGCCAGGUGGCGGCAAAGAUAACGGCGGUGGGGGUUCAGUGGCCAUGCAUCAGCCCCGCUUCCCACCCCGAUUUUGGGACUUCAUCACCUGCCAUUGAGCCUGGAGAGAUUUUUCAAGCAUCUGGAAGUGAAAACAGCCCAAGAUUUCAUCUGACAGCUCCUGCCAAGACCUCAGUUGCUGAGAGUCCAGCCAUUCCCCCAAAGAUGUCCAAAAACAGCCAGCCGGGCAGUGAGGGGAACCGUGUGCCCCCAGUAAGCUCCCAUGUGGCAAGGUUUGGUGAUGACAACAGCCACGACGGAGCUGGUGUUCAGCUGCUGCCGAGGAGCUAUACUGAUACAGGCACCUUUGGGGCGUCCCCUUCUCCAUGCAGUCAUGUCAACGGGGUCUCUGUGGAGGAGUCCAGCAGAGUCCUGGCCAGCUCAUCCUAUGACAGGAGGCAGAAAUACUACACCCCAACAUGGACCAAGCAGUGCCGGAUAGAGGAGGAGGAGGAGCAGGAGCAGGAGGAGGAGCAGGAGCUCUUAACCCACCCAUGGGCAGUGGGAGCUGAGAAUGGACGAGCUGGUGCUGACCUUGUGGAUGAAGGCCCGAUGCUGGAGAGCCAGACUGGGAUCAGCAAAUCAUUGUCUUUCUCCUUUGAUUUCCCUAAAGACAAGAGCAAUGGCGUGGAGUUUGCACCGCCGCCACCACCGCCGAAAAAGCAGCACACUCUGAAAAUGAACCCAAAUAACACUGAGUUGGAGAGGGUCAGCAACAGCUCUGCUGAGAGCCUCAGCCCACCUUUCAGGAGCAUCCACGUCAGCUUCACGGCCGGCUCCACUGACAGCCUCAACUCAGACACGCAGACUGGCAGUGAUGGCAGGCAUUCAUCUGAGCCAAACUACUCGCCCCCUCCAGCUGAGAGCCAAGCAUUUCCUCCUGUCUCUUUCCUUCCCGCCUCCGGUGAGGAUAGUCCCUCCUCUGUCCCCAGCUGCCCGCCCCCUCUGCCCCAGAAGAAGACAGUGAGCAGAACGGUGUCCUCCCCAGAUGGCUUUUUUGGGGCACAGGCAUCUUCAGGCAGAGCAGCCAGUGCUGCCAGCCCCAGGCUGAACAUCAGCCACUCCGAGACCAAUGUCUGCCUCCAAGAGGAGCCUCCCUUCGUCCACCCGGCCGGUCUGGGGGGCCACCCCGGCACCUUCUCCUCCUCUGAGUCCCUGGAGAAAGGCUCCAAAGGAAACGGCUAUUGGGGCUCAGCCACUGGUAAGAGCACAGGGGCUUGCGUCCCCAGCAGAAACCUCCAGUCCCUUUCCUCCUCGCAGCUCAGUGUGUCCAGCCAGGUGUCAUCGGGCUCCAGCCUCCAGCUCCACAACCUCCUGAGCAACAUUGACAGCAAGGAGGGGGUGUACGCCAAGCUGGGGGCCCUCUACGCCGAGUCCUUGCGCCGCCUGGUUGCCAAGUGUGAGGACUGCUUCAUGCGGGAGCAGAAGAAUGAGCUGCACUUCAGCGAGAACAACUGGUCGCUCUUCAAGCUGGCAUGUAACAAGCCCUGCUGUGAUUCAGGGGAUGCGAUAUAUUACUGUGCCACCUGCUCCAAGGACCCUUCUACCACCUAUGCUGUGAAGAUUUGUAAAACCCAGGAGUCCAAGGUGGCUGCUUCGUACAGCAGCCCUGCAGUGCCAGUCCACUUCAACAUCCAGCAGGACUGUGGGCAUUUUGUGGCCUCUGUGCCCUCCAGCAUGCUGCUGGCCUCAGAUGUGGGGAAAGGCAUGCCUGGGGAUGGCCUCCAUCCCUCCCGCACUGCCAGCGAGCACGACUGUGUGGUGGUCAUUACCCGGGAGGUGCCGAGCCAGACCACUGCCGACUUCGUGAGGGACUCGGUGAUGUUGCACCAAGCCAAGCCCGAGCUGUACGAACGUCGCGUUUGCUUCUUGCUCCUCCAGCUCUGCAAUGGCCUGGAGCAUCUCAAAGAGCAUGGCAUCAUCCACCGUGACCUGUGCCUGGAGAACCUCCUGCUUGUCCCCUGCAAGCCCCCCAUGAGCUGUGUGAAAGCCAAAGAUGACAAACACUUACCCCGCCUCAUCAUCAGCAAUUUUUUGAAAGCCAAACAGAAGCCAGGAACUGGAGACUCCAAACUGAAGAAGAGUCAGGCCCGGCUGGCCCCGGAGAUUGUGUCGGCUUCUCAGUACAAGAAGUUUGAUGAGUUUCAGACUGGUAUUCUCAUCUACGAGCUGCUGCACCAGCCCAACCCCUUCGAGGAGAAGGUGCACCUCAGGGAGCAGGAGUACAGCCCUGAGGACCUCCCUGCUCUGCCCAGCCUGUCCAUCUACUCCCGGGGGCUCCAGCAGCUGGCCCACCUGCUACUGGAAGCGGAUCCCAUCAAGCGUGUGCGGAUCACCGAAGCCAAGCGCAUGCUGCAGUGUCUGCUUUGGGGGCCCCGGAAAGACCUCACUGAGCAGCCCCUCAGCCACGAGGAAGCCCUCCGCCAGGUGCUUCAGAACUGGGUGGACAUGAAGCGUGCCCUGCUCAUGAUGAAGUUCGCAGAGAGGGCUGUGGACACGGAGCGGAGCAUUGAACUAGAGGACUGGCUGUGCUGCCAGUACUUAGCAUCUGCUGAGCCUGCCUCCCUCUCACACACAUUAAAACUGCUGCAGCUGCUCUGACCUUGGCUGUGGCUUGGAGGCAGCUGAGGGCCCCCGGUGGCCUUGCGGCUAAGGGUACGCAGCCCCUUUAUAAGCAAGAGGCUCGAAUCUCAGUUGCGAAUGCACGUUCAGCUCCUGCUCUGCACUCUGAUCAGAGUGCACAAGACAUGUUUAGUACCCUCAGCACUGUUAAUUUGUGAGCAGGCAGAGCUGGGGACCUGCCCCUGUUUUGGGGGAUUUUUUUUUUUUUUUUGUAUGGUAAGUCUGUGGACUAAUAAACUCUUGCCUGCGUGUGUGCAUGUUUCU